CGUUCGUGGUCAAUGACCCAGUCUGUGUUCCCUUUAAUUUAAAUAUUUAUACUAAACUUAUUAAGAACUUUUAAAUUAUUAUGCUAUAAGUUGGUCUCAUACUUAACUGUGAUUGGUUUUUAUGAAUUAAUUUGUGAAAAAGUGUGGUGUGUAGCCUGUGAACUAAAAACAUUGUGUUGUUGACUAAAGUUGUUUGUGAUAAAAAACUUUCUAACCAAAACAUUGCUUAGAUGGUGUUUCUAAGUAACGAGGUAGCACUGUUACAACAUGAGUGAAGGAGAAACUAGCGUAAAUCUAUUCAUUGGUGAUCUAUAAAAUAAAAACUUACGUACUUCUAAUUCAAGAAAAAAUAAAAUCUGCAAAAUGUCUACAGACAGGUUUCACAAGGCGGCCAAAGACGGCAUGAUCGAGGUCCUCCGCGAGGCGACGCGCAAGGAGUGCAACAACAAAGACGAGUCCGGCAUGACGCCCACCCUGUGGGCCGCCUUCGAGGGCCACGUGGAGGCGCUGCGCCUGCUCUGCGCUAGGGGUGGCGAGCCCGACAAGGCGGACUACUUCGGCAACACGGCGCUGCACCUCGCAGCUGCCCGGGGACACAAGGACUGCGUCACCUUCCUCGUCAACUUCGGGGCCAACGUAUUCGUCAUGGACGUGGACGGCCACACGGCCCAGGAGCUGGCUGCUAUUAAUGGGAGAGAGGACAUACUGAGGUACCUCGACCAGGCGACGGCGAAGCUGGAGAACAAUGAUAAAAAAAAGGCGAAAGCUCAAAAAGAGAAGGCCAAAAAGGACCACGAGAAGUCUGCAAAACAAUACCAGAAGCGGCAGAGCAAGGCCGAGGUGUUAGCCGAGAAGGAGAUGAAGAAACUGACCAAGGAGUGGGAGCAGGGCUACCUGGACGGGGGCACCCUGCCACAUAGACCUAGCAAUGUGCUCAUGGCGCUGAAGCAGAAGAUGACCAGAUCUAGCAGUCAAGGCAACCUGCUAUCAGAAGAGGCGCCUCGACCCACGUACAGCGCGCUGGUGGGCACGGUGAGCGCGGGCCCGCGCGGCCGCGGCGCCGUCUACAAGAAGGCGCUCGCUAGCAAGCUACGUAGUGGAACUGUGGGCAGGGCUGGACCUACUGAUGACUUCAAGGUGGGCGAGGUGGAGACGACGGGGCGGCGCUCGGUGACGUCGCUGUCGGGCGUGAGGCGCGACUCGGAGGUGAUGUACGUGGGCACGUUUGGAGCCGGCCCGCAGCAGCGCGCCACCGUCGCCGACGUGUUCGCCGAUGAGCGGCCGCAGCUCACCUCGCAGACUCAGAACACGCUUACCAGAUCGCUGAGCCAGCCGGACUUCGCGGCGGCGGGCGAGGACUCCGGCAUCGGGCAGGAGGUGCUGCUGCAGGAGCCCGCCAGCAUCUUCGACCGCCCCGGCUUCGGCAGCGUUGCCUUCAGGCGUUCAAUAACAGCAACCCUCAGCGCGAUGCCUGGCGGCGGCGGCGCGGGGGAGGACCUGUCUAUAGGGUCGGCGGGGUCGCUGGCCGCGCGCCACGCCUACAAGCCGCAGGAGUGGAACUCCGCGCACUCCGAGAGCUCAACAAUAACCUCCGACGAGGAAGGCGACGCGGAAGAGGAAUCAGGGUACGCCUCCCUAGAGCGUUUCCUCACCGCCUGGGGCUUGUCCCAGUACGUGCAGAAGUUCAAGGACGAACAGAUAGACCUGGACGCCUUGAUGCUGCUCACGGAGAGCGAUUUAAAGAGCCUGGGCCUACCGCUGGGGCCGUAUAGGAAACUGGUCACCGCCGUGCAGGAGAGAAAGCAAGCGUUGAGUAACCCUGGACCGAUUAUUGAUACUGCGAUAUAAAAGUACGAUUGAUACAAAUGAGUGUUGAGAGCGGUAAUAGAAAAUAGUAUCUUAAAUAAUGUAUGAAAAGAGGUUCUAAUGCUCUCGAUCUUGUUUGUGAAGAUACAAGGCUAAGUGCCUAUCUUAUGAAAUAAUGAUCAAGGAUACCUUUUAAGGUGCCUACCUAGAUACUUUACAGUCAGAUACACUAUUGAGAUUUCCGUGCUGCCGUAUAUCUAGUUCUUGAUGCUGAAGAUAUAAUUCAGUAUUAUUGCUCAAAACUACCAAGAGAUUAAAUAAAAUAUUUACUUACUUAUUAUUAAAUAUCAGCAGCCGCUGAAAAUGGCGCUAAGCAAUAAAAAUAUAUAAAUAGUUCAAUAUGAACAGUACAAAAAUAUUCAGUCCUAGUGGGUAAAUGUAUUCAUAUUACAAUAUAUAUUGCAAUACAUAAAUAAAUACCUACUUAAAUAUGAAAUAUCUGCGAUAAGGAUGAAUUUAAUAUUUUUCAAUGAUUGUAUUCAAUGCCGUUAAGAGGCCUAUAUUUAUAGUACUUUAAGAUAUACCUACUUAUAAUUAUUAUACAUAUUAUAUUGCAUAUUUUAAGUAUAUUUAUUAGUUAUUUCUGCACAUGUUUGUGUGUUGUUGGUCACUCGUGUUGUAUUAUGUAUUUAGUGCGUAAGUAAUACUAUACAAUUUAGCCAAGUGUACUUAAAUAUUAUGUAAUUAUUGUGAUAUUUCUAUGAGAAAUCCCAACAUUCCGUACCAGUGAUUACGUCCAAUAUCGCCAUAUAAUUAAUACCUAGUUAUUUUGUACAAGAUUUUAUAUAAAUAAAAUAUUUUUCCGUGUGUAA